AGAGCCGAGCGGCGGAGCGCCGAGCAGCGGCCGCCCUGCGGGGGACCCGGGCUGCGGGAGCCGCGACGCGCCAUGGGGGCCUCGGGGAAAUAGGCUCACACAGUUGUGGAGGUGAAGAGUCCACUAUCUGCAGGGCAGGCCAGCAUGCUGGAGACCCAUGAAAGAGCUCAUCUUGCAGCUUAUGUCUGAAGGCAAUGUGUGGAUUGCAAUGAGGACCUGAGGCCUCUGCCUGUUGACCACCCCGGCCUGAAGUGACCAUGGCCCCCCGCAAGAGGAGCCGCCAUGGCCUGGGCUUCCUGUGCUGCUUUGGGGGCAACGACCUCCCUGAGAUCAACCUCCGGGACAACCACCCUCUGCAGUACAUGGAGUUCACCAGCCCCAUCCCCAACCCGGAAGAGCUUAAUGUCUGCUUCGCAGAGCUGGUGGAUGAAUUGGAUCUCACAGACAAAAACCGCGAGGCUGUGUUUGCACUGCCCCCUGAGAAGAAAUGGCAGAUCUACUGCAGCAAGAAGAAGGAGCAAGAGGACCCCAACAAACUGGCCACCAGCUGGCCCGACUAUUACAUUGACCGCAUCAACUCCAUGGCUGCUAUGCAGAGUCUGUAUGCAUUUGAUGAGGAAGAGACAGAGGUGAGGAACCAGAUCGUGGAAGACCUGAAGACGGCUCUGCGGACACAGCCCAUGAGGUUUGUGACCCGCUUCAUCGAGCUGGAGGGCUUGACCUGUCUGCUCAAUUUCCUCCGGAGCAUGGACCACGCCACCUGUGAGAGCCGCAUCCACACCUCCCUCAUCGGCUGCAUCAAGGCGCUGAUGAACAACUCCCAGGGGCGAGCGCACGUGCUGGCACAGCCCGAGGCCAUCAGCACCAUCGCACAGAGUCUGCGCACGGAGAACAGCAAGACCAAGGUGGCCGUGCUGGAGAUCCUGGGCGCUGUGUGCCUCGUGCCUGGAGGUCACAAGAAGGUGCUGCAGGCCAUGCUACACUACCAGGUGUACGCAGCAGAGAGGACUCGCUUCCAGACUCUGCUGAAUGAGCUGGAUCGAAGUUUGGGCCGGUACAGGGAUGAAGUGAAUCUGAAAACAGCCAUCAUGUCCUUUAUCAAUGCCGUCCUCAACGCUGGAGCUGGAGAGGAUAAUCUGGAGUUCCGCCUACAUCUCCGGUAUGAGUUCCUGAUGCUGGGGAUACAGCCUGUGAUUGACAAACUCCGGCAGCACGAGAACGCCAUCCUGGACAAGCAUUUGGACUUCUUUGAGAUGGUUCGGAAUGAGGACGACCUGGAGCUGGCCCGGAGGUUCGACAUGGUCCACAUCGACACCAAGAGUGCUUCCCAGAUGUUCGAUCUGAUCCACAAGAAGCUGAAGCACACCGAGGCCUACCCCUGCCUGCUCUCUGUCCUGCACCACUGCCUGCAGAUGCCCUACAAGCGGAAUGGUGGCUACUUCCAGCAGUGGCAGCUCCUGGAUCGCAUCCUCCAGCAGAUUGUUCUCCAGGAUGAGCGGGGUGUGGACCCUGACCUGGCUCCGUUAGAGAACUUCAAUGUCAAGAACAUCGUCAACAUGCUCAUCAACGAGAAUGAGGUGAAACAGUGGCGUGACCAGGCCGAGAAGUUCCGGAAAGAACACACGGAGCUUGUGAGUCGGCUGGAGAGAAAGGAGCGGGAAUGUGAGACCAAGACCUUGGAGAAGGAAGAGAUGAUGCGGACGCUGAACAAGAUGAAGGACAAGCUGGCCCGAGAGUCCCAGGAGCUGCGUCAGGCGAAGGGACAAGUGGCAGAGCUGGUAGCCCAACUCAGUGAAAUCUCAACAGGCCCUGUAUCUUCCCCACCUCCCCCUGGAGGCCCACUUCCCUUGUCUUCCUCAGUGACAACCAACGACCUGCCUCCACCCCCACCUCCUCUCCCCUUUGCCUGUUGCCCCCCACCCCCGCCCCCGCCCCCACCCCCUGGAGGGCCUCCCACACCCCCAGGAGCCCCACCUUGCUUCGGCUUGGGCCUGCCCCUCCUUCAGGACCCCUUCCCCAGCAGUGACGUCCCACUCAGGAAAAAGCGUGUCCCCCAACCUUCUCACCCACUGAAGUCCUUCAACUGGGUCAAGUUGAACGAGGAGCGUGUUCCCGGCACCAUAUGGAAUGAGAUUGAUGACAUGCAGGUAUUUCAGAUUCUGGACCUAGAGGAUUUUGAAAAAAUGUUUUCCGCCUAUCAGAGACACCAGGACCUGAUAACUAAUCCUCCUCAGCAGAAGGACUUGGGUUCCACUGAGGACAUCUACCUGGCCUCCCGCAAGGUCAAAGAGCUGUCCGUCAUUGAUGGCCGGAGGGCGCAGAACUGUAUCAUUCUUCUCUCCAAGUUGAAGCUUUCUAACGAGGAGAUCCGGCAGGCCAUCUUGAAGAUGGAUGAGCAAGAGGACCUCGCUAAGGACAUGCUGGAGCAGCUCCUCAAGUUCGUCCCGGAGAAGAGUGACGUCGACCUCCUGGAGGAGCACAAACACGAGCUGGAGCGGAUGGCCCGCGCUGACCGCUUCCUCUAUGAAAUGAGCAGGAUCGACCACUACCAGCAGCGACUGCAGGCCCUUUUCUUCAAGAAGAAGUUCCAGGAUCGACUGGCCGAGGCCAAGCCCAAAGUUGAAGCCAUCCUGCUGGCCUCCCGGGAGCUGACACGCAGCAAGCGUCUGAAGCAGAUGUUAGAGGUUGUCCUGGCCAUUGGCAACUUCAUGAACAAGGGGCAGCGUGGGGGCGCCUACGGGUUCCGAGUGGCCAGCCUCAACAAGAUCGCCGACACCAAGUCCAGCAUCGACAGAAACAUCUCUCUGCUCCAUUACCUGAUCAUGAUCCUGGAGAAGCAUUUCCCUGACAUCCUAAACAUGCCUUCAGAACUGCAGCAUCUUCCAGAAGCCGCCAAAGUCAACCUGGCAGAGCUGGAGAAGGAGGUGAGCAACCUCAGGAAAGGCCUAAGAGCCGUCGAGGUGGAGCUGGAGUAUCAGAGACGCCAGGUGCGGGAGCCCAAUGAUAAGUUUGUCCCAGUCAUGAGCGACUUCAUCACAGUGUCUAGCUUCAGCUUCUCAGAGCUGGAGGACCAGCUAAAUGAGGCCAGGGACAAGUUUGCCAAGGCACUGACGCACUUCGGGGAGCACGACAGCAAAAUGCAGCCGGACGAGUUCUUUGGCAUUUUUGAUACCUUCCUGCAGUCCUUCUCAGAGGCCCGGCAGGACUUGGAGGCCAUGAGGAGGAGGAAAGAGGAGGAGGAGCGGCGGGCACGCAUGGAAGCCAUGCUGAAGGAGCAGCGGGAGCGGGAGCGGUGGCAACGGCAGCGGAAGGUCCUGGCGGGCAGCACCCUGGAGGAGGGAGGCGAGUUCGACGACCUGGUGUCGGCCCUGCGCUCUGGAGAGGUGUUCGACAAGGACUUGAGCAAGCUCAAGCGCAGCCGCAAGCGUUCAGGAAGCCAGGCCCCAGAGGCCACCCGCGAGAGGGCUAUUAACAGGCUGAAUUACUGACCUGGGGACUGGCCACAGGAGUGGCCAGGAGACAGGGAAGGGCCGAGAGGGGCUGAGUGGAGGCGGUGGAAUUCGAGCCCUGGGCUGGGCCCUGGGUGGGGCUGUGUGGCUGGACCAGGUGUCUCUCCAUACUUACCUUAAGGAACUCCGUUCACCUCCUCCACAUUACUUUUUCUGGCUCCUGGCUCCCAGGGGGAUUCUCUGAGGUUGGCUUGGACAUCCCUAGCAGGCUGGCCAGGCAAUCCUGGACUGAGGGGGCCCUGUUCCUGCUCCCCACCCUGGGCAGACACGUGAGCACAGAACUGUUCCAGAUGGAGAAUGGAGAGGUCCACGGGCCUUGUCCCAAGCUAAUCUCCUGUGCAGUGGGGAGUAAUGGUGGGUUGGGCCCUUGAGAGCCAGAGGGAGGGGAUCUAGGCUUCCAUCACUGAAGAGGAGGCUCAGUGGAACAUGAAUCUGGGAGCAAACUUUCUUCUUGGAUAGAAACAGAAGAGGCCUUAUGUAAGAAGAUGAGGUGAUGCAGGGACCAAAGUCAGGAGGACAGAGUGGCAGUGCCUGUUUCCCACAGUACAAGUCCUUUGGUCUCUCUUACGCGUCUUAAGUCUCUCCCCCUUCCCUAUCCCCAUGUCCGUCCUACCUGCUAAUCUACAGUCCAGAAAAUGGACCCUUGGGUUCCCAGGAGUAUGUCUUCACCACCAGGUACUUGACAAGCCUGGCUGGUAAGGAGGGAGUUGAAGACAACUUCAUGUAUCCUCAUAUCCUGUGACAAUUCCCUAUUGUCCUGAAGCGAGAUCUCAUAUGUUGCUAGAGUUGCUGGUAGCCCCUCACCAGAGGGUGACACUUGAAUGCCUAGUUCCAUCCUAGAGCUCCUGGCCUACCACUUAAUGUUAGUCGGUCUCCACCCCUUCUGAACACCUGCCUCGGGGCAGAAGCCACAGUGACCUCCCACUGUCCAUUCUGCAAGAGACUACCUGGAACCAUGAAGAGUUGGCUGGGGUUGGCCCUGGGAAGUUGGUUCCUGAGGGCCAGAGCUACCCUCUGCAUUUACAUGUCAUCUCUAAGGAUGGUCCCCCUGGAGGCAUUCAAACUGGGGGGUGAGAGGACAGGCAGGGAACUCUGGGGAGAUGGGGACAGAAGGCCACCAACUUCCUUGGAGAAUAUACUGCUUGAAGGAGCCAAGGGAGCAAGGCUGAGCGAAGGCUCCCACUUCCACCUCUGGUGCUCAGUUUAGUUCUCGUGAAGGAGCCCAUUCUGGUCUUCCUGUCCGCUACCUUCAUUUUGUCUAUAUUGAGCUGUGCUUGGCAGGUCAGCAAGACAGCUCUAUCUGGACAGGUUCUUUCUUUUGAAAAGAGGAGGGUGAGAUCAACUCCAUGGAGGCUCUUAUUUUCAGUACACUCAUCUUUAGUCUAGCCCUGCCUGAUCUGCACCGUCAGCUGGUUGCUUCCUGGUCCCUUCACCCUUCCCUUUACGGCUCACCUUCCAACCUAAUCCUUCUGGCUCAGGGUCAUUGCCAGUGGACAGACUGGUGGGCUGGGCUCACUCUUGAGCUGGCUGCCUUCAGUCUUUUCCCUAUACCAGAUUCCUGGUCUGGGAUCAUAGUAGCUGUAGGGGAAGAAACCCAGGGUCAGUGAGGCCAGCAUGUGCGUUGGUUUGAGAAGGGGGCAUGUUGUGUUUUGGUGGGGUCUGUGCAAGUGCAAGCUUGGCCAGAACAAGCAUGAGGCCAUCCUGGGACCUAGGAAGAGCAGUUGCUGAGAGCUUUGUUAUAUCAAACUGUAUCCCAAGAGCCUCUGGUGCAAGAGCAGGCUCUGGGAGGAUGUGCGGUGGGGGUCAUGGUUGUGGUCUCCUAAGGUCCUCUCCCAAACUGACUGGGCUGAGUCAGCCAGGGGCCAGGAAUAGGGAGGGCUCCAUUUCUUUCCAAGAGGCACCGUCCAAAUCUUGUCAUUCCCAACUAGUAUGGAAGACAGGAUAUGCACCAGCAAAGGCAAGGGAUAUGGAAGCUGUUCAAGACACACUCGAUUCCCAGAAAGGCAGGGUUUGGUUCAGCUGUUUACAGAGGACACAUAUAUUCUUCCAAAGCCUAGCCUUUUCCCCCCAAAAUAUUUUUUUCUAUUUAUUAUUUUCUGGAUCUGGCCGGUAGCUCUGGUACUAGAUGCCAUUGUGGCCAGAUCUUCAACAGUGCCUUGGACUAUGGACCAUCACAGUCAAAUCAAGAAGGCCCUGGUGCCCAACUGGGUUGGUCCUUGAUGUUACAUGAUUAAGCCUGUAAAUAUAUUCCUUGGUUUUGCUUUCCCCAGAAUUCCCCCACCCUCCUACCCUUUUGGGUAAAUUUCUCUUGCUAAUUUUGUGUCCACUGUAAAAUUCAUUGUCAACCUCAUGUGACCCUUCUUAGCAGCAGCACUCCCCCUCCCAUGAUGGAUGUGUUGAGGGGAGUGACAAAAUUCUCCAGGUGGAUGAGGAAGGGUCUGGCCUGGGCUCUCCCCAUGCCCCUCCCAUUGCCACCUGGGCAGCCAUGACCAUGUCUCUCCACCCUCUACGAGGGACCUCUACCAAACGUCAUGGCAAGGCUGCUCUCACCAGCUGUCUCAGACGACAAAUGAGGCUCAUGUACAAAAUCUGCAGUGUCCUUUUUACCUGCACCUUUUUUAAUAAGAAUAUAUUGUAAUACUAAAAAAUAUUAAAUCCAUACCACCCCCA